GGGGAGAGAGAGAGACGGGAGAGAGACGGGGAGAGACGGGAGAGAUAAGGGAGAGAGACGGGGAGAGAUAAGGGAGAGUUUGGGAGAGAGACGGGGGAGAGAGGGGAGAGUUCGGGAGGGAGAGGGGAGAGUUCGGGAGGGAGAGAGGGAGGGGAGAGAGACGGGAGAGAGAGGGGAGAGAUAAGGGAGAGUUAAGAGAGAGGGGGGAGAGAGGGGAGAGAUAAGGGAGAGAUAAGAGAGAGAUUGGAGUGAUCGGUUAUUGGAGGGAUCAAUAAUUGUAUUGAUCAGUGAUUGAAGUGAUCAGCCAUGGAGGAGGAGUUUGAGGAAAUCGACCGCGCUGGAAAUUGGACGACUAUCUUUAAUGAGAUCAAGGAGCAGAGCCGCGACUUCCCCUACAAGGUGGCGAAGAGGCAGGAGAACCGCCUACGGAACCGUUACCGUGACGUCAGCCCCUACGACCACAGCCGGGUGCGGCUGCAGCGCGGCGGUAACGACUACAUCAACGCCAGCCACUUGGAGGCCGCUCAGCGCAGAUACAUCCUGACACAGGGCCCCCUCCCCGGCACGUGCGGCCACUUCUGGCAGAUGGUUUGGGAGCAAAGGUCACGAGCCGUCGUCAUGCUGAACCGCCUCGUGGAGAAGGGAUCGGUCAAGUGUGCUCAGUACUGGCCGUCCCGUGGUGAGCGUGAGGUGAGUUUCCCGGACGUGGCCUUGCGGCUCACCCUCCUGGGUGAGCAGAUCAAGGACGACUACACCCUGAGGCAGCUGCAGCUCCACAACAUCACGACAGGAGAAAGUCGCACGGCUCUCCACUUCCACUACACGACGUGGCCCGACUUUGGGGUCCCCGACUCUCCGGCCUCGUUCCUCAGCUUCCUGCAGGAGGUCCGCUCCAGCGGAGCGCUGGCGCCAACGCACGGACCCAGCCUCGUGCACUGCAGCGCCGGCAUCGGACGCUCCGGGACCUUCUGCCUGGUGGACACGUGUCUGUUGCUGAUGGCCGCCGGUGCUGACGACGACGCCGGCGGUGGUGGCCGUGGUGGCGGUGGUGGUGGUGGUGGUGGUGGACCCUCCCCGGUGGACAUCCGUGCCGUGCUGCUGGAGAUGAGGACGUCCCGCAUGGGACUGAUCCAGACGCCGGACCAGCUCCGCUUCUCGUACCUCGCCGUCAUCGAAGGCGCCAAGAUCGUGACGCUGGCUGCCGGCGCUGGCGGCAGCGACGAUGACGGAAUCGAGGAGGGAUGGAUGGAGCUGUCGAACGAUGAUGGCGGCGACGGCGGUGGUGGCGGUGGUGGUGGUGGCGGUGGUGGCGGUGGUGGUGGUGGCGGUGGUGGCGGUGGUGGUGGUGGCCAAUGGUCGGCUGACCAACUUUCACCGGACUUGCCGCCGCCGCCGCCACCGCGUCCAGAACGUCGCCCGGCACCGGAUCUCACCAUCACCGCCUCCUCCUCCUCCUCCUCCUCUUCCUCCGUCAACUCCUCACCGUCUCCACCGCCAUCGCCGCCAUCGCCGCCAUCGUCGCCGACGGCGGAGCCGGCGUUACGGUUUCGGCGCGUUGCCGGGACGACGGCUGAGCCGGUGUCGGUGUUGCCGGGAUAUCCGGAGGAGGAGGCGGCCGACAGGAACGUUGACGACGAGGAGGAGAAGGGGGCGGCAGAUGCCGGGUGGCAAAACUCGAGCCCAUCUCCGCGCGCCGCGUCCGACCGCCGUGUCAAGCGAGAGCGCCGCGAGUCUCGCCGAGCGGCGAUGGUGGAGCGUCUCAAGGAGAUGCGGUGCCGGCAGUCCCUUGCCGAGCGGGCGGCCGCCGACCACGCCGGCGCUCCGGCGUCACCGGCGUCGCCGGCGUGGUGGUGGCGGCGCUGGCGGCGGUGGCACGGCCGCUGGGGGUGGCGGCCGCUGAUGGCCGGAGCUUUCCUGAUCGGGGCCUUGUCGCUAGGCCUCUACGCCGGGUGCCGGACCUACGUCUAGAGAUGGCGCCACCCUCGCGAACCGUGGGUGGGCGGUGGUGGU